AUGAAUCAACCAAAGGUCCAGCGUCGUGUUGGUAAAUAUGAAGUUGGCAAAACUAUUGGACAAGGCACUUUUGCUAAAGUGAGGUAUGCUAAGGACACUGAGACAGGAGAAUCCGUUGCUCUUAAAAUCAUUGAUAAACAGAAGCUUAUCAAAAACGAGAUGUCUAAACAGCUAAAGAGAGAAAUUUCUACUAUGAAGCUGAUAAACCAUCCAAAUGUAGUGCGGCUCCAUGAGGUUUUGGCUAGCAAGACAAAGAUAUACAUUGUCCUAGAAUUUGCCAUGGGUGGAGAGCUUUUUUUCAAAAUUGAACGUAAUGGGCGCUUGAGAGACGAUGUAGCACGUAGAUAUUUUCAGCAGCUUAUCAAUGCAGUUGAUUACUGCCAUAGCAGGGGAGUGUACCACAGAGACUUAAAGCCUGAAAAUUUGCUUCUAGAUGCUCAAGGAAAUCUGAAAGUCUCUGAUUUUGGUUUGAGUGCCUUGUCCAUACAAGCCGGGGGAGAUGGUCUUCUUCACACUACAUGUGGAACUCCAAACUAUACUGCUCCUGAGGUUCUUAAAGAUCAAGGCUAUCAUGGGGCAAGCGCAGACUUGUGGUCCUGUGGAGUGAUACUCUUUGUUCUACUUGCUGGCCAUUUUCCUUUCGAGGAUUCUAAUCUUAUGACGCUGUACAGAAAGAUAACAGCUGCUGUAUAUACUUGUCCUCCUUGGUUCUCUCCUGGUGCCAAGAACUUGAUUGCCCGAAUCUUGGAUCCAAACCCGAUGACUCGUAUCAAAGUUCCAGAGAUUCUCGAAGAUGCGUGGUUCAAGAAAGAUUACAAGCCAGCUGUUUUCGAGGAGAAAGAAGAAGAAGCAACGUUGGAUGAUGUGGAAGAUGUUUUUAAAGAUUCAGAAGAGCAUCAUGUCACAGAAAAGAAAGAUGAGCAGCCAACUUCUAUGAAUGCCUUUGAGUUGAUAUCAAUGUCGAGGGCUCUGGAUCUCGGAAACUUUUUUGAAGAACAAGAGGGAUACAAGCGAGAAACAAGAUUUGCAGCCACAGGCGGUGCUGAUGAACUAGUCCAAAAGAUUGAAGCAGCUACUAAGACUCUUGGUUUCGAUAUUCAAAAGAAAAACUAUAAGAUGAGACUUGAAAACGUGAAUGCUGGAAGGAAGGGAACCCUAAAAGUGGCUACUGAGAUAUUUCAAGUAUCUCCGUCUCUUCAUAUGGUGGAAGUCCGGAAAACCAAAGGGGAUACAUUAGAGUUUCAUAAGUUCUACAAGAAGCUCUCGACCACAAUUAAUGAUGUGGUUUGGAAAUCCGGUGAUACCUCUGAUAAUAACAACAAAGGAGAGAAAGACUGA